UGUAUAGUUGGUAACAUGUUUGAUAUUCUCAUUCAGGCUUGUCCUGUGCUUGAUGUGUUACGUUCCUCCAUUGGAUUGUGCCAAAGGAAUUCACAGCGUUUGGAUCCAGAGGAGUCUCAGUUACUUUGGUUUCAACUGGUUGACAAUUUCUCAGAUCCACUGAAAAAGUUGUAUGGAAGCAAGGUUGUAAAUGGAAAAGGUUGUUGGUCCGUGGGUGGUGAAACAACAAAUGGACAUCCAACAGGCAAAGGAUUCUCACAAAAAAUGGUGAAUUCAGCUUAUCAAAGGUGUUUGAAUACUUCGCGGAGAGUUUUCUCACAAUUUGUUGGAGAGAUAAUUGAGGCAAUGGCUGGGUAUAUACCCCUGCCAGCAAUUAUGGCAAAGCUAUUAUCUGACAAUGGAAGUCAAGAGUUUGGUGAUUUUAAACUUGUCAUACAUAGAAUGCUGUCUAUGUAUCUCUACGAAAAAAGAAUACUGGAAACAGCUAAGUCAGUUAUCGAGGAUGAUUCGUUCUAUACCUUGAGCUUAUUAAAGAGAGGGGUUUUUCAUGGAUUUGCUCCACAGACUUUUGUCUGUUGUGUAUGCAACUGCUCACUUUCUAAAGAAGGUGCUAUUUCAGCAGUUCGAGUAUUCAGUUGUGGACAUGCAACACAUCUUCACUGUGAGUCUGAACAAAGCAAAUCAUCCAAUAAGGAUUUUAAAGAUGGAUGUGCAGUUUGUCUCUCAAUGAGUGACACACAAGCCCGGAACAAAUCGCCUAUAUUAGCUGAGAAUGGGCUACCCAAGUAUCCCGUGGUUGAACAUGAAGUACCAUAUGGCGUCCAUCAUAAUCACGAGACAGAUCAUGUUCAGAGAUCUCGUGGGCUUCACCAGAUGUCACGGUUUGAAAUACUGAACAAUCUCCAGAAAGGUCAGAAGUCUUUUUAUAUUGAGACUGUACCCCCAUUGAAACUUUCUCCGCCAGCCAUAUAUCAUGAAAAGAUACAAAAGAGAGUAAGUUUGGUGGGAGAAUCCAGCAGACAUUCAGUUAGAAGUGGAAAACCACAGAAAAUAUGGCACAUGAAGGAGCCAAAAUCAAAGAAAUCAGGGAAUUGGCUUCCACCAAAGUCAAGCAUAUUCAGUUCUGACAAGAAUCAAGUGCAGUAGACUACUGAUUGUACGCAGCCAGACAAUUUGCCACUACGCCUGUUGAAGCUUCAACCAAUCUGAUGUGCUGGAGCUGCAUAGGAUUCUCCUGAGUGAUGUGUCCUUGGACCAGCAUGGUUCUUUUCUCCUGAGACAAUAUUCGAAGAUUAUUUCUCAGUUAAGUUGCUUGGAGCAAAGGAGAAGAAUCAUAUAGGAAGGUGAGAUGAUAGGUGCGAGCGAACCCAUGACCAUGAGUCUGUAUAAACUAGAAGACUAACUGACAAGGAAAGGAAUGUUGAGGCAGGACAGGAGGAGCACACACUUGAUGAUCAUGACACAUACACCAUUUGACUGUAAAUGACUUGUUCAUUGAUUGUAAAAACCAUGAAGAGCGCAGAGAAUAUAGCUGCAGGAGACACGACAACCAACUGGUAGUCUGAUACAAACAUAAACAAAUAUAACUGAUCCAAAUGUUGUA